UUCUGUAUUGUGAUGUCAUAAAUGGCACAAUUCUGAAAAAAACAUACUGUCCACUUGUAUGUUGUAGGACCAAAAAAAUUAAAAAAAACUUGAAUGGAAAUGACUACCCAUUCUGAGAUAUCCAUGGCAGAGGCAGUUAAAAAACUCGGUGCUUUCUCUCAGGAGUCUUCAACAUCUUCUCUUCGGUUAAGUUGCAGCGAGAAAAUUAGUGAGCACAGUGCCUCCACUGGCUCCAUCCUAUAUGGAGAAAGGAUAUACAGGUCAGCAUCCGAGGCCCUGCAGGCUUACAUUGAUGAUUUUGACCAAAGCAGUCCUCCUGGUGAAGUGUGCUCAAAGACUGACAUAUCUAAGGAGCUUCCCCAAAACAUUUUCUACAACAUUUCUCCCAGAGGCAUCAAUGAUGAGAGUCCCUACACUAAGUCCGCCAGCCAGACAAAGCCACCAGAUGGAGCAUUGGCUGUGAGGAGACAGAGCAUUCCAGAGGAAUUCAAAGGGUCCACAGUUGUGGAAUUGAUGAAGAAAGAAGGCACCACCCUUGGCCUCACGGUGUCUGGUGGAAUUGACAAGGAUGGCAAACCAAGAGUCUCUAACCUUCGACAAGGUGGAAUCGCUGCAAGAAGCGAUCAGUUAGAUGUGGGAGACUAUAUCAAAGCUGUGAAUGGAAUCAAUCUCACCAAAUUCCGCCAUGAUGAAAUCAUCAGUUUGCUGAAGAACGUUGGGGAAAGGGUCAUCCUUGAAGUGGAGUAUGAACUCCCAUCCAUCUCUGUACAAGGAUCUGGUGUUGUGUUCCGAACUGCAGAAGUCACCUUACAUAAAGAAGGCAACACUUUUGGCUUUGUAAUACGAGGUGGAGCACAUGAUGACAGAAAUAAAUCUCGUCCUGUUGUAAUAACAUGUGUUCGACCUGGAGGGCCUGCUGACAGAGAGGGCACAAUCAAAGCGGGUGACAGGCUGCUGAGUGUGGAUGGAAUCAGACUUUCUGGUAACACACAUGCUGAAGCAAUGAGUAUUCUCAAACAAUGUGGACAGGAAGCAACGCUGGUGAUCGAAUAUGAUGUCUCAGUAAUGGAUUCGGUGGCAACAGCCUCUGGGCCACUGCUUGUUGAAGUUGCCAAAACCCCCGGUUCCAGCCUUGGUGUUGCAUUGAGUACUUCGAUGUGCUGUAACAAGCAAGUCAUCAUCAUCGACAAAAUCAAAUCUGCAAGUAUUGCCGACAGAUGUGGUGCAUUGCAUGUUGGGGACCAUAUUCUUUCUAUCGAUGGAACUAGCAUGGAACAUUGCACAAUGGCAGAAGCUACACAAUUCCUUGCCAAUACCACAGACCAGGUCAAACUUGAGAUCCUUCCCUAUCACCAAACUCGAGUGGCAUUGAAGGGACCUGAACAUGAAAAAGUUCAGAGGAGCAACGGGCAACUUACCUGGGAUCCCUGGGCCAACAACCACAACAGGCUACUCACCUAUCACCAUUAUAACACCUACCGCCCUGACCAUUGCAGGAUGGCAGCCUGGAAAUUCCAGAAACCACCUCCUCCGAAAAACCCUCCGACUAUGGUGUCUUCAUCCAUCUCUCCUACCUCCAUGAGUGCAUAUAGCCUGAAUUCCCUGAACACGGGGACGUUACCUCGAGGCGUCUACACUACUAGCCCACGUGGGACAAUGAUGAGGAGGAGACUGAAAAAGAAAGACUUCAAAAGUUCAUUGUCCUUGGCUUCCAGCACUGUUGGCUUGGCUGGGCAGGUUGUCCACACUGAAACCACAGAGGUGGUAUUGACCGCUGAUCCUGUCGUGGGAUUUGGGAUCCAGCUCCAAGGCAGUGUAUUUGCCACUGAGACCUUGUCUUCUCCGCCACUGAUUUCCUAUAUCGAAGCUGACAGCCCAGCAGAAAGGUGCGGAGUACUGCAAAUUGGAGACAGAGUGAUGGCAAUCAAUGGAAUUCCGACGGAAGACAGCACGUUUGAGGAAGCCAGUCAGCUUCUCCGAGAUUCCUCUAUCACCAGCAAGGUCACUUUGGAAAUAGAGUUUGAUGUUGCAGAGUCUGUAAUUCCAAGUAGUGGAACAUUUCAUGUGAAGCUGCCCAAGAAGCACAGUGUGGAGCUUGGAAUAACUAUAAGCUCACCAGCGAGUAGAAAGCCAGGAGAUCCCCUUGUCAUCUCAGACAUCAAGAGGGGCAGUGUGGCUCACAGAACUGGGACCUUGGAACUUGGAGACAAACUACUGGCCAUUGAUAACAUCCGGCUGGACAACUGCUCCAUGGAAGAUGCAGUUCAGAUCUUACAGCAGUGUGAGGACCUUGUGAAGCUCAAAAUCCGUAAAGAUGAAGAUAACUCCGAUGAACAGGAGAGUUCGGGAGCCAUUAUUUACACAGUGGAGCUCAAGCGCUACGGAGGGCCCCUGGGCAUCACGAUUUCUGGAACGGAGGAGCCUUUCGAUCCCAUAAUCAUCUCCAGCCUCACUAAGGGAGGAUUGGCUGAAAGAACUGGUGCAAUCCACAUUGGCGAUCGAAUCCUAGCCAUCAACAGUAGUAGCUUGAAGGGAAAACCUUUGAGUGAAGCCAUCCAUUUGUUACAGAUGGCAGGAGAGACUGUCACCUUGAAAAUUAAGAAGCAGACAGAUGUCCAUUCAGCAUCAAGCCCCAAGAAAUUCCCCGUUCCCAGUCACUUAAGUGAGCUGAGUGAUGUAGAGGAUGAAACAUCUACUCCACAGAAACCAGGCAAACACUCCGACAUUUACUGCGCUACAGCACCCAGCGUGGACAGUGCUGUUGAAUCAUGGGAUAGCUCUGGUAUGGAUACCAGCUAUGGAAGUCAAGGUCCUGGCUUCCCAGCUUCAGGAUCCAAUUUCAGUGCAUUUGAGUGGAGGAAUCCUAAACAAAGAAGUAGUUUGUCCCCAACGAACAAGACACUGAACCAAGAAGUGGAUCUGAGUGAUUAUGAAUGGGAAAGGCCAACAACUAGUAGUUUUCCAGGGUCCCACAACAAUGCCGAUGGGGAACAGGAAGAGAACUUCUGGUCUCAAGCCCUGGAAGACUUAGAAACCUGUGGACAGUCAGGAAUUCUGAGAGAGCUUGAGGCCACAAUCAUGCUGGGGAGCACACUGAGCUUGAACCAUGAAGCCGCCACGCCGUCACGCAGUCAAUUAGGACGCCAGGCGAGCUUCCAAGAAAGGAGCACCUCCCGAAGUCACUACAGCCAGGCCACUCGAAGCAACACCCUACCUGUCGACAUGGGUAGGAAGUCUAUUCCCCCAAGAAAAAUCAAGCAAGAAAUGAAGGAGAUCAUGUCCCCAACUCCAGUGGAACUGCAUAAGACUACAAUAGGUGUCCCCGAUGGCUACAUGACAGAGGCGAACAAACAGAAAACAGCGUACCAAAGCAAAGAGCAUUCUGCAUAGUCCAGAAGGGUGCCCCAGAAGGCUGCCCCUCACCUGUGCUCUCACCCAACCCAGAGGGAAUGGAGCCCGUCCUGUCUCUCACAACAUCUCUCCCACCAGAUAAAAAAAAUAACAAGUUACGUGCUCCAAAGCGAAGUGGCGGGAUUCUUUUUGUGAAAAGAUUCUUCCAAUACCAACAGUAUGAACAGUCUCCUUCCUAUUCUUCUUUGAAAAGCUUUCACCAAAAAUGAGGAUAAUUGAGUUUUAACAUGCUGGGUGUUAAAGCUGGAGACCUACGGCGUAGGAAGAUAGGGAGAGGGACCGGACUCAGGCUCUCACUGGUAUAGGGAGUUCCCCCUUCCAAUGCAGGUUGACGUCUUCCCUGCACCCCAAAGCCUUGAGAGGUUGCAUAGAAUACUGAGACACCCAGUAAAUGUUUCAGAGGUGAGAUUUGAACCCAGGUCUUUCAGGUUUUGAGGCUAACUGUCUAACCACUAUGCCUGUCCCUGGAAAUGGUGAUUGCUGAUCAAUUUGGAAUACCUAAGAGAGAGCAUCAUGGGUGAUUUGGGAGGCUACAUCCAUCUUCAACAGGGGAUGUUCAGAUUGACUGAAAUGGAAUCGCUAAUUCUCUUGUUCAUUCCCUACACCUCCCAUGAUGGAAAUGAAUACAUUCCCAGACCACUUCAUUUUCUUUGUAUUUGAUCCCCAGAAAAAAAAAAUGCAGACCUAAAAAGUGCAUGAUGAUCGUGGGCAUUUUUGUCACAGCUCAGAUGGAUUGAUCGAUUGAGGGUGUCCCAGAAGGGGACCCAGUUCUUGAAUCUGUGGACAGCAUCUUUUUUUAAAGAAAUAACUUUGUCUGCAUAAUUCACUCAGAUGUCUGUGUUUAAAAAAGACAAAGCUACAGACUAGAAGUGGAUGAAAGGAAGAGAGGGCAUUCAUUGUAAAUUAACCUUUCCUGAGGCAAGGUUAUUAGUGAAGACGAUUUUCAGUGAGAAAAAGGGCAGCUUUGCCUCUAUCACGUUGCUAAAUGUGUGCAUCUAACAGUGGAGAAUGUUUGCUGUUAGAAUUCAUUCAUUGACCCUCACAAUGAAAACCAGGGUUUCUCCAGCUGAGAAUUUCUGCUGAGCUAUGGAGCCAUAGUUCAUAGCUUUCCUGAGUACUUUCAGUACCACCCUGCUGCCAUCCUAUCGGUGGCUCUUGCACGUGGCAGGUACAUUCUAAGCGAAGAAUGAAUGGUUAACUCAGAACACCAUACUGGUGCAGCUAGGGUCAUGGAUUGCAUCCUUUUAGGGGGAAAAUAAUUUUGCAGUCCUGACCCUAGCCAAGUCUGCAGCUCUUUGCCAUUGGUCAGAAGGAAGACCGUUUGAGAGUCGGAUAUAAUGAUUUAGCCCAAAUCAGGACCACCACUUUAGAAAAGCAAUUUCAGGUUGAUCCCUUGUGUGUUAGUUACUACUCUUUCCCCAUCAAGGAGUGUACCAGCCCAUAUUCUCUGUCAACCUAGAAAGAGGUCUUUUAUCCUUAGCUUUUUAAAAAGACUCAUAGUAAAUGCUUUUUGACUAAUUACCUGGAGAACCACCUACCUGUCCUUGGUCCUGUCAUUUUCAACAUUUUUAUCAAUGAUUCGGAUUAUAACUUCAAUGAAACAGAAGUUAUAGAUGAAACAAAUCUGGGAAAUAAAAUCAGGAUCCAAAUAGAUCCCAGUGCAUUAGAUCCUUGGAUCAGCAAACGAUGGGAGCCCAUAGACCAAAUGGGCUUGUGGGAAAAGAAUGGUUUUUACUAUUAUGUUUCAGUGUAUAAAAACCAUUCUUAGCUCACAUCAUUUCAAAAACAGCCCUCCUGGCGUGCUAACCUCUAGGUUAGGAGAAUGGGCCAUAUCUAAUAAUAUUGAUUUGAAUAAAGUCUAAAACAUGGGCUCAAAACAAAGCAACGAAAGUUCAAGAUGGUGGGAAAUGUUGCUGAUAUUAAUACAUGUGAAAGGUAACUGGCCAUUUUAGUGAACUACAGGUUCUUUGUCAGGCUAGAAUACAAUAUGGCAAUCAGAGAGGUUCCUGUGAUCUUAGGAUUAGGAUUCCUAGAAAAAUAGUGUCCAGAACGAAGGAGAUGGUAGUCCUGCUAUACCCUACCCUGAGAUGAUGUCUAAAUUCAUACUUUCUUCUCUGGGGUGCUAUACAUUCAGAACACUGACAGAGGAAAAUGUCAACAGACAAAUAUGAUUAGGAUGAUGAGGCCCCUCCAAACCAUGCCAUUUAAGGAUCAUUGACUAAAGGAACCAGGGGUAUUUUAGUCUGAGGAAAAAGACUUGGGAUAAAGGAGUUUGAAUGGGGAAGGGAAACUGGUGUCUCCCAGUAUUUGAAGGGUCCUCAUGCAGAAGAGGGAUUACAUUAGUUGUGAGCUCCAAAAUGGCGGAAUAGAGCAGUACCAGACCUUAAACUGUACUAUAAAGCAGUGGUCAUCAAAAGAACAUGGUACUGGCUAAGAGACAGAGGGAGGAUCAAUGGAAUAGACCUGUCCUCAGCAAGAUAGUGUUUGAUAAACCCAAAGAGCCCAGCUUUGGGGACAAAAAUCCAUUAUUUGACAAAAACUGCUGGGAAAAUUGGAAGAGAGUGUAGGAGAGAUUAGGUUUAGACCAAACGGAAUAAAGGAAAUGGCUAAAAAAUAGAGAGGCAACAGAUUUCAGCUUCAUUUUAGGAAAAGCUUCCUGACAAUCAGAAUUCCACAAAAGUGGAAUAAAAAAACCUCCUUUUCACACUGAGGCUAGACAGAUGCUUGUCAAAGGUGGCAAUAGAAGUAUUCCAGUUUGAAGAGGGGAGGCAAGCAAUGAUUUAAUUAGGGGCCCUGAGAGCUCCCUUCUCAAUUCUGUGAUUCUCUGCCCUUCUCCCAUUGUUCCCUUAUCCACUCUCAUUACUUUUUCAAUUCCUUCCUCUCAUCCCUUUUCUUCCCCGAUAACCCAACAUCUCCAUCUCCAACUAUCUCUACUUAUUCUGUUGUUGGGUGAAGCUAGGUGGUAAUAGUGAGCAACUAAGUAAUACAAUAGAUAGAGGGUUCAGCUCUGGGGAGUCAGGAAGACUCUUUCCAAGUUCAAAUCUGGUCUCAGUCACUUACUAGGGAUAUGACCCUGAGGAAGUCACUUAACUCCACUGGCCUCAGUUUCUUCAUCUGUAAAAUAAGUUGGACAAGGAUAUAGCAAACCACACAUAUCUUUGCCAAGAAAAUCCCAAAUGGGGACACAGUCAGACAUGACUAACGACUUAAUGACAAAGUUUUUUAACAAAUAUGCAAGUGUCAAUUAUGUGCAAUACACUGAGCUGCAUGCGUGGAA